AUAAUGGCAAAGCUAGGACUCAUGCUAGACAUCUCCUCUUCAGAGGAUGGCAAUAUAGAAGGAGGACAAGGAGCUGGCGGACAUAUUUUUGAGAGAAACAUCGGCUCAAGCAGCCUCAGUAUCUCCUGUGAAAUCAACACUGAUGGGUUGAAUAUUAUAAAAGAAGAUCUCCAUGUUGCUCGUGACGGAAUUCGUGAUACCAAAACUGGAGAUAUUAUUGUCUCCAUUAGUCCUGACGAUUUCGAGAUGGUUGAGAAACUGGGCAUCGGAGCUAGUGGUCAUGUCUACAAAGCUCUUCAUAAGCCCUCAGGAGAAUACAUGGCCAUCAAGAGCAUUAAUGUGUUUGAUCAGGCUAAGCGAAGGCAGCUGGUAAAUGAUUUAAAAUCUCUGUACAAGAACCAAUGCCCUUUUCUUGUAAAAUUUUAUGGUGCUUAUUACGAAGAAGGAUAUGUUAAAAUAGCCCUUGAGUUAAUGGAACUUGGGUCACUUGGAGGAAUAAUAAAAAUGAUCAAUAAAAAUAAGAGCAUGAUACCAAAAGUUCCAGAGGAGGUAAUUGCAAGUAUUGCCCAACAAACUCUCAAUGGCCUCGCAUACCUUCAUCUCUGUGAUAAAUCAGUUCAUCGAGAUAUAAAGCCUGACAAUAUUUUAAUUAAUAAGAACGGUGAGGUAAAGUUAACUGAUUUUGGUAUUGCCAAGAUCUUGGAUGAAAGUCUUGACUUAUGCAAGACAUGGGUGGGCACUGCCCACUAUAUGUCUCCUGAAAGAAUGAGUGGGGAGAAAUAUUCCUUCCCAGGUGAUAUUUGGGCUCUUGGCAUCAUCCUCAUUGAAAUGGCCAUAGGAGAGUACCCUUAUCCUUUUAGUGCAAAUUAUAUAGAAAUGCUCAACUAUAUAAAGACAACAGAUACUGUUUCAUUGAUGAGAGAAGAAUUCUCCGAAGAGUUCACUGACUUCCUGUUGAAAUGAUUGGAAAAAGAUCCAGAACAAAGAGGCACUGCUUUAGAACUCUGAAUGCACCCCUGGAUAUUUGAGAACGCUAUGAAAGAUACUCCUGAUAUGCAAGAAUGGGCUGAUGAGUUGUAUACUAACUGGAAGAAAUAAAUUCUUCAGAAUUUAAAUCCCUCUGUUCAUACCACUUUCA